GGUUUGUUCUUGCAGCCGCUCCUGCCACCUCUUACCCUCGCCGUUGCUGCGGGGGAUUGUGGGAGCCUCCGCGUCCCGCUCGCUAGGAGAGAGGUAUCUCUCCUUUUCCCUCUCCCUUUCCUUAAGCAGCUGAAGGCACUUUGCAACAAACACUUUUAUCAUUAGCCUAAGGAUCAAGAAGUGGGCUAGAAGUUGAAUCCAGAGUUGUCUGCUGGUUCUCAGCUUGAAGAAGAUUCUACAGUCCUUAUUGAUCCUUUUUCUUGGCGUUACCAUUUUUUGAAGCAAAGUUAACCUAGUUUGCUAGUUUGAGCUUUCUUUUUGGCCAUCUUUAAAAAAAAUUUUUUAAGUCUAUAAACUAGACAAGAGAUAGUUCUACAAUGUCCAAGUCAUUCCAGCAGUCAUCUCUCGGUAGGGACUCACAGGGUCAUGGGCGUGACCUGUCUGCAGCAGGAAUAGGCCUUCUUGCUGCUGCUACCCAGUCUUUAAGUAUGCCAGCAUCUCUUGGAAGGAUGAACCAGGGUACUGCACGCCUUGCUAGUUUAAUGAAUCUUGGAAUGAGUUCUUCAUUGAAUCAACAAGGAGCUCAUAGUGCACUGUCUUCUGCUAGUACUUCUUCCCAUAAUUUGCAGUCUAUAUUUAACAUUGGAAGUAGAGGUCCACUCCCUUUGUCUUCUCAACACCGUGGAGAUGCAGACCAGGCCAGUAACAUUUUGGCCAGCUUUGGUCUGUCUGCUAGAGACUUAGAUGAACUGAGUCGUUAUCCAGAGGACAAGAUUACUCCUGAGAAUUUGCCCCAAAUCCUUCUACAGCUUAAAAGGAGGAGAACUGAAGAAGGCCCUACAUUGAGUUAUGGUAGAGAUGGCAGAUCUGCUACACGGGAACCACCAUACAGAGUACCUAGGGAUGAUUGGGAAGAAAAAAGGCACUUUAGAAGAGAUAGUUUUGAUGAUCGUGGUCCUAGUCUCAACCCAGUGCUUGAUUAUGACCAUGGAAGUCGUUCUCAAGAAUCUGGUUAUUAUGACAGAAUGGAUUAUGAAGAUGACAGAUUAAGAGAUGGAGAAAGGUGUAGGGAUGAUUCUUUUUUUGGUGAGACCUCGCAUAACUAUCAUAAAUUUGACAGUGAGUAUGAGAGAAUGGGACGUGGUCCUGGCCCCUUACAAGAGAGAUCUCUCUUUGAGAAAAAGAGGGGCGCUCCUCCAAGUAGCAAUAUUGAAGACUUCCAUGGACUCUUACCGAAGGGUUAUCCCCAUCUGUGCUCUAUAUGUGAUUUGCCAGUUCAUUCUAAUAAGGAGUGGAGUCAACAUAUCAAUGGAGCAAGUCACAGUCGUCGAUGCCAGCUUCUUCUUGAAAUCUACCCCGAAUGGAAUCCUGACAAUGAUACAGGACACACAAUGGGUGAUCCAUUCAUGUUGCAGCAAUCAACAAACCCAGCACCAGGAAUUCUGGGACCUCCACCCCCCUCAUUUCAUCUUGGGGGACCAGCAGUUGGACCAAGAGGAAAUCUGGGUGCUGGGAAUGGAAACCUGCAAGGACCAAGACACAUGCAGAAAGGCAGAGUGGAAACCAGCCGUGUUGUUCAUAUCAUGGAUUUUCAGCGAGGGAAAAACUUGAGAUAUCAACUAUUACAGUUGGUAGAACCAUUUGGAGUCAUUUCAAAUCAUCUGAUUCUAAAUAAAAUUAAUGAGGCAUUUAUUGAAAUGGCAACCACAGAGGAUGCUCAGGCUGCAGUGGAUUAUUAUACAACCACACCAGCAUUAGUAUUUGGCAAGCCAGUGAGAGUUCACUUAUCCCAGAAGUAUAAAAGAAUAAAGAAACCUGAAGGGAAACCAGACCAGAAAUUUGAUCAGAAGCAAGAACUUGGGCGUGUGAUACAUCUCAGCAAUUUACCUCAUUCUGGCUAUUCGGAUAGUGCAGUUCUCAAGCUUGCUGAACCUUACGGAAAAAUUAAAAAUUAUAUACUGAUGAGGAUGAAAAGUCAGGCUUUUAUUGAGAUGGAGACCAGAGAAGAUGCAAUGGCAAUGGUCGACCACUGUUUGAAAAAGGCCCUUUGGUUUCAGGGGAGAUGUGUUAAAGUUGACUUGUCAGAAAAAUAUAAAAAAUUGGUACUGAGGAUUCCCAACAGAGGCAUUGACUUACUGAAAAAAGAUAAAUCUCGGAAAAGAUCUUAUUCUCCAGAUGGCAAAGAAUCUCCAAGUGAUAAGAAAUCCAAAAUUGAUGGUUCCCAGAAGACUGAAAGUACAACUGAAGGUAAAGAACAAGAGGAGAAGUCAGGUGAAGAUGGUGAAAAAGAUACAAAGGAUGACCAAGCAGAGCAAGAACCUAACAUGCUUCUUGAAUCUGAAGAUGAGCUUCUUGUCGAUGAGGAAGAAGCAGCAGCACUGCUAGAAAGUGGCAGUUCAGUGGGAGAUGAGACAGAUCUUGCUAAUUUAGGUGAUGUGGCUUCUGAUGGGAAAAAGGAACCUUCAGACAAAGCCGUGAAAAAAGAUGGAAAUGCCAGUGCUUCAGCAGCUGCAAAGAAAAAGCUUAAAAAGCGUCGUUUCCCAGGGAGUAUGGAAGGUUUUGUCACUCUAGAUGAGGUUGGUGAUGAGGAAGAUUCGGAACGUCAGAAACUUCGUAAAUCGGGCAUGACAUUUAAAUCUGGUGACAAAAAUGAUGAUGGUUUGGUUGAAAUUAAGGUGGACAAGAUCGAGGAACUUGAUCAAGAAAACGAAGCAGCGUUGGAAAAUGGAAUUAAAAAUGAGGAAAAUACAGAACCAGGUGCGGAAUCUGCUGAGAAUGCUGAUGAUCCCAACAAAGAUACAAGUGAAAAUGCGGAUGGCCAAAGUGAUGAAAACAAGGAGGACUAUACAAUCCCAGAUGAGUAUAGAAUUGGACCAUACCAGCCCAAUGUUCCUGUUGGUAUAGACUAUGUGAUACCUAAAACAGGGUUUUACUGUAAGCUGUGUUCACUCUUUUAUACAAAUGAAGAAGUUGCAAAGAAUACUCAUUGCAGCAGCCUUCCUCAUUAUCAGAAAUUAAAGAAAUUUCUGAAUAAAUUGGCAGAAGAACGCAGGCAGAAGAAGGAAGCUUAAGAUGUGCAAGAAGCUUAACAAUUUCAAAGAAAAUAAUGGUUCUUUGUUUUUAAUGUUAACCUUUUUUAAAUACAAUACUGGUAGUUAGAAGAAAACUAUUGUACUCUUUUGUUUUAGUGGAAAAAUAUUAGAUGUCUGUUCAUGUGUUAAGUGUUACAGCAAAAAUACAUAUACGGUUAAGUUAAUGAAGAAUUGUUUUUGUUUUAUCAAAAUGGUAACAGACAGAAGUACUUUGUAGAGACUGACCUGUAAGUUACUUAAGACAACUUGCACCACUAAGAAAAAAGAUACCUAGAAUCAUUCAGAGAAAUGAAAUUUAGUUCCACGCUUCAAAGAAAUGUCAAAACUUUUGAUUCCAUUCAAUAAAGAACAAAACCAAUGGUA